AUUGUUGCUGCUGCUGAGAAAACGGUAAAAAUAUGAGUGUGAACAGGUACCUCUGUUUGUGUGGUAUACUUGCCGCAUGCUUGUUUGUGGUUGUAGAAAACACGGUGGAGUACCAUACUAUUGAUCAGAGGGUACCGUGUCCAUACUAUGGACUUGAGAGCAAUCGAUUCACAACCAGAAAUGAUGGCCUAGUAAAUUGUUCAUGGUAUGCACAGAAGACAUGCUGUAAGCGGACUGAAGUGACGUCAGUUUUUUCCGACAUGUUUUCCUUGUAUGGAGCCACCAAAAACUGUAAAAAUCACAUGAACUAUCUCAUGUGUUACUUCUGUGACCCAGACCAGUAUCGCUGGUACAAAAGCAAGGCCCACGUUUGUGCUGACUUUUGCAGAGCUGUAUUUGAUCACUGCAAGGAUGCAAAAUAUGAUGGCAAAACUAUUGGAGCAAACUAUCGUAACGGAACAGAUUUCUGUGAGGCCCAGAACUUCCAUGUGGUAGAGGGAGAUAACUGCUUUGACUUUGAUCCUACAGUGUUUGGACGGGCACAGAUAGCACAGGAAGGCAACUUGGGAUUAUUAAUGUCUCUGAUUAUAGGAUCAUUAUUUCUUACUCUAACAGUUAACUAGUUCCCAGUAUAACAUCUAGUACUUAGAUUGUAAAAACUGAUUAAUUUUAUCAUCGGAUAACUUUCACUCUCAAAAUUGCCCUGUGCAAUCUGGUAAAUAGUUUUCAGUUUUUGUUAGUAUGAAAUGAGAAAUAGCUUCAGGUUUGGUUUGUCCAAUCUGAGAAAUAGCUUCUGGUUUGGUUUGUCCAAUCUGAGAAAUAGCUUCAGGUUUGGUUUGUCCAAUCUGAGAAAUAGCUUCAGGUUUGGUUUGUCCAAUCUGAGAAAUAGCUUUGGGUUUGAUUUGCAUAAAAUGAGAAAUAGUUUCAAGUUUGACAUGUAGAACAUGAGAGCUGCGAUUACAAGGGAAAAGAUAAAUUGCUCUCACACAGGAGGGUAAAGACAGCUGGCCUGCGUUUUAUGACGCUGCUCAGAAUAACAUAGCAUCAUCAUUUACCAUGAGUAACUAUGUUUUAAAUGAUGACGUCAUUAAUUUUGAUACACAUUCCAAGGAGCGUUGCAGAUGGUGCAAUGAAAAAACUUUCAUAAAAGCUUACAUUGGCUUUCAAGUAUGUGAGAAAAAUAAUAAAACAUGGGUCUGUUCCGUGAACAAGGAUAUAUCAACCCUCAUGUAAGAGUUUGGCUGGCCAGCACUCGACAAGCCUCGUGCUGACUGGCCAAAUUCUUACACGAGAGUUGAGAUAUCCCUGUCCACGGAACAGACCCAUGUUAGAUUCUAUUAAUCUUGUACAAUCUGAGAAUUAGUUUCUAGUUUGUCUUGUACAAUCUGAGAAUUAGUUUCUAGUUUGUCUUGUACAAUCUGAGAAUCAGUUUCUAGUUUGUCUUGUACAAUCUGAGAAUUAGUUUCUAGUUUGUCUUGUACAAUCUGAGAAUCAGUUUCUAGUUUGUCUUGUACAAUCUGAGAAUUAGUUUCUAGUUUGUCUUGUACAAUCUGAGAAUCAGUUAUAGUUUGUCUUGUACAAUCUGAGAAUUAGUUUCUAGUUUGUCUUGUACAAUCUGAGAAUCAGUUUCUAGUUUGUCUUGUACAAUCUGAGAAUUAGUUUCUAGUUUGUCUUGUACAAUCUGAGAAUUAGUUUCUAGUUUGUCUUGUACAAUCUGAGAAUCAGUUUCUAGUUUGUCUUGUACAAUCUGAGAAUUAGUUUCUAGUUUGUCUUGUACAAUCUGAGAAUUAGUUUCUAGUUUGUCUUGUACAAUCUGAGAAUUAGUUUCUAGUUGUCUUGUACAAUCUGAGAAUCAGUUUCUAGUUUGUCUUGUACAAUCUGAGAAUUAGUUUCUAGUUUGUCUUGUACAAUCUGAGAAUUAGUUUCUAAUUUGUCUUGUACAAUCUGAGAAUUAGUUUCUAGUUUGUCUUGUACAAUCUGAGAAUUAGUUUCUAGUUUGUCUUGUACAAUCUGAGAAUUAGUUUCAAGUUUACAAUCUGAUCAUUUAACUACAGUGACAUGCCAAAAUUAUGAGAUCAUGACAUAUUUUUACUUUAUAAUUCAGGCAUUUUGACAAAUUUUCUAUGAAUUUCGAUGACUUCAUUUUUUAGACUCGAUCUAGAAAUGAAAUUAAUGUAUUAAAUAGAUCAAUUGUCAAAAAAAAAGUGGAAAUUCCAGUACAAUGUACUGUUAUAUGAUUUUAUUCCUUUACAUGGGUAUAUAAGGUGGUAGGAAAUUAAGAAUAUAUCAAUUUCUAAUAACAUUCCCAUAGAUACUAAUAAACAGUAUGUUAUAUUAUAUUAUAUUAUAUUAUAUUACAGUUUAGAUCAUGUAUUGUAUGGAAUUUUAUUGUUAUAUGGCCUAUCAACAUUUUAAUCAUUUCAAGCCAAACAACACUGGAUUUUAAGAGUGUUUAUCGAAAUAAAACACUUCAAAUUAAAAUGUUCAUAGUUUACAGGUUAAAUAACUCCAGAAUUAACUUUGAAGUAAGCCUUGAUUCUGAUUAUCUCAUUCAUAAAAAUAGCCAUGGUCCUCAAUAUUUGUAGCCACCAUCGUCAUAUUGUGGAUUUUUCACAUCUCCUUUCCUUUGUGGUUUGUCAGAAUGUCCAUCUUGUAAAUUUGAAUCUUGAUGUACAUGUUUUCUAAUAUAGUUUUACAUGGCAAAUUAUAAGAUGAAGUGGAUUUUCAUGAUGGCCACUAUCUGCCAUUUUGGAUUUUGGUAUUUGAAGUUUGUUCCCACUUUUUCUUGGGAGCUACUGAAGGGAUAUUCUUGAAAUUCAGUGUGUGUUCUUAUUGCUCAGACUUAUAUAAAACCAGUAAAAAUAAUUUAUGAUGGGUGUCUUUAUCCAUUAUGUGGAAAAUCAGGCAGUUAUAUAAUUUGAUUUGCACAGAGAUAUACGUCUCUGAUUUGCAUGCAUAACUUUGAACUCUUUUUAUCACUUUCAAAAAGAAGAUACAUGCAUGUAUUUACACAUUCAAAUGAUUUUUUUUUUAUUCCAAUGCAGUCCAUUUCAUAAGAAGUCCAAUUUGGAAUUUAAUCUUAAGGCAUUGCUUCAAAAUCUCUAAUAUUUCUGUUAUAGGGAAUUAAGUGAUUUCAGACACAUAAUGUUUUAUAUGAGCAAUACAUACAAAAGCAUAUCAGUAAUCAUGUGUGUUAGUAAUUGUCCAGGAAAGCAUCACAGUUCACGAUGAGGAAGAAUUUUACAUCACUUGUUACAGCAAUAUUUACAUUGUUUUAAAGUGGGAUAGUGAUUGGUGAGGAACUAAAGCUUCCGGUUGUUAGGUUGAUAUUUUCAUCAUCGACAAUUUGGUGUUUUUCACCGAAACAUUUUAUAAAUAUAAAUCACAUUUAGAUAGUACUUCUGUAGAAUAUACCACGGUUUGAUACACUCCACUAUAGCUCUUCACACUGAUGUAUUCUCUCUAUAACCUUGUGUCCACAUUUCAUAGUAUGGUUGAUUAUUGUAUGCUUUUUCCAUCAAUAAUGUACAAUAAUACUGUAAAACUGUUUUUCAUGAAAUUUCAAUUAAAACCACUUACACCUUUAUUGAUGUCAAAUAUAUAUAUAGUAACAACUAAUCUAGUGUCGGUAAGUAUAUUUUUUUCUUAAAAUGUUAGUUAGAUAUAUGUAAAUGAAGUCAUUACAAUUGAUUGAACUUAUCUGCAAGCCUCAGAUCUUCAUGAAGAGCUUAUUUACCAUUAACAAAUGGGAAAUUUUAAGUGUUUUUUUAGAGUGAGGUACAGCCACAUCAUAGAUUUUUUUAUACCAUCAUCCACUUUUUAGUCUGAUAUCAGAUAUCAUCUGAUAGGGGCUGUUCAAUUUGCCCUUGGCCCUUGUUAAGAAUUUGUAAUUUUUAGCCUGAUAAAAAAAAAAUGACUGACAGGCAACCAUCUUGGAUUUGGAUAACUAAUACACUGACAAGCUUAAGCUUAAGGUCAAAUUUAGCAUCACAGAAAACAUCUGCAUUGAAGCCAUCAAAAUCUAUACAAUCAAUGUUUUGUUGGUCCGUGAUUUUUAACUCAUUGGGCUGGUAAUUUGUGCCAUGGUGUGGUGUUGGUUUUCCAUCCUGGAGCAUCAACUUUUCCCUAUUAAUGACUUUUUCUCAAUAAUCAAAAGGCCUAGGGUCACAUUAUCUUAAAGGUCACAGACCUCUUCAGAUCUUUAAACAGGUUCUCAAUAUCCAAGAGGUCACGGGUCUUAAUAAUGUGCCAGUUGUAUGCUGGGAUGACAGUCUGGUUAAAACCAGCGGUCGCAUUGCUACGGUUUUUUAGGCGUAGUACGUUGUAAACAUAGCCAUGUAACAGCUGAUUUUAAUCAGAUUGUUUGGAUGAUAAGUUACCAAGUUUGGUCAAUUGAAUGUCCUUGACUUACAUGUACUUGUAACAGGUCAAAUGUGUAAGUCUAUCUGAAUUAUUUGCUGCAAUAAUCACGAGGCCCAGGGUCAUGUUAUUUGGCUAGUAGCAUGCUGAGAUACAAAAAUUUGAAGGUUAUAUGUUGUCAGACAUGUGAUAGUUACUGAUUAGAUAAGGAAUGAAUUCAAGUUCCACUACUAUCAGCUUUGAAAUUCACAUGUAUUUCUCUUCACUGCAUAAACUGCAGAGUAGGUGAACCAUGGGCCAUUUCUUUUUAAUGUAUUUUGAAAUUUUUGCACAUUUUGUGUACAGUGACCUUUUCAACAGAGAAUGUGGCUGUCCAUUCACAGCUUGUCCCAGUUUUGAAAUAAGCCUAAUAAUAUCAGUAUUUAGAUUUGAUAAAAUGUGUGACUACAUGUAACUCAUUUUGUGUUGAUGUUGUACUACCAGACAUUCUGAAGGUAUAUUAGUUAAUAGAGUUUAGGAUGUUCUGAUGUGUUAGUGUCCAGAUUUAAACAUACAGUUGUUUGUAUCUAUGUUCUGAGGUCACCAUGUAAAUAGUGCAGGAGAUUUUAUACACAUCGACGCACAAUGUUUAUUAUGUCACAAUUUAUAAGUAUUAUAAUUGUGUCGCUUACGAUUUUUUUAUCAGAUAUUAUGUAUAAUGAAACAGACAGCAUAUAUAAACUACUUUUUGACCUAUGUAUGAUGGUACCGGUAGACUCCGUAAAAAGGAAUGCAACCAUGCUAACAUAUCUUCUUACUAUAAUUACAAUUAUUGUAUUUAAUAAAGUUCCCUGAAUUAGGGUGAGAGAACCAACAUCCUGGUUGUAGUAAGACGGUAACGGUACAUUAUAGGAAUCUUCUAUGGAUAUCAAACAGUAUUGGCUAGACCUCCAUCAGGAUCCAACUACGGAAUCCAGAUGUUCCAUCCUCAUUAUUAAUUAUUGUAUUUGUACAUACAUGUAUAUAUACGUGUAUAGUAUAUGAAUUUUAUAAGCUAUGUCAUUAUAGAAUAAAAUCUUCAAUGAUCAUGGGUUAUAAAAUUCGAACAUUAUACAAUUAUAGAUUUCAUGUCUUGAUUAUAAUGACUUACUACUUGGGAACAACAAUGACAAUGUAUUUAAGCUAGGCUAUUUUCUUUUAAGUCAACAUCUCUGCAACAUCUUUUAUGUUGAAAAAACAUAGAGUAUGGCAUUGCUUAUGUCCAUCCCACCGAUAUUAAAUGAAAAUGGACGAAUCUAUACCAGGAAGCAAAUUAUAAGAGGAAACAAUUUAAAUCAAGUAUAUCAGAGACCUAUAUAGUAUAUAGGUCUCUGAGUAUAUAUACAUGCAUGUACAUGAAGUCCAUAUCAAGGAUGUAUCUACAAUGUACAUAUAUAUAAAUCUAGAUGGACAAAGCACCAUGAUGGACACCUGAUAUUCAUCAUACCCGGUAAUUUUUAUGUCU